GCCCCGCCCGCGGGCCAGGCCGGGUAGCGGCGGGUGGGGGGCGCCGUUAGCUGAUGGGUGCCCCUUGCUGGUCCGUGCCGUAGCGGGGUGCGGCGGGCCCGCGCUCUCGGAGGCCAUGGAACAGCUCCCGGGCGGGCGGCGGCUCCGGCUGGUGUCCUCGCUGGGGCUGGGGCAGCGCGCCUGGGAGGUCACCUUAGACGUGGAGUGGGGCCGGCUGGCCUGGCGCGACCCCCGCCCACCGCGCCGCGGCGAUGAAAACUGUUUCGUACCACUCUCGGAGAUCAUUGCUGUAGAAGAAACGGAACUUAACAAGAAACAACGAAAUAGUGGCAAAUGGCAAAAAAUGGGAAAGCCACAUGCUUUCACAGUUUAUUAUGUGAAGAAAGCUCGAAAUCACCGCUGGCGGUGCAGUGAUGUGACAUUUUGGUGUGCUGAUGAGCACUUGUGUAAUCAGUGGAUACAGGCACUGAAAGAAUUACUUGAAAUGCAGAAAUCUAGACCAAAGCAGUUGCUUGUGUAUAUUAAUCCUUAUGGAGGAAAACGACAAGGGAAGAGGAUUUAUGAACAGAAAGUGGCUCCACUCUUCAGUCUGGCUUCUAUCUCCACUGAUGUUGUUAUAACUGAACAUGCUAACCAUGCUAAGGACAAUCUAUUUGAAAUUAAUAUUAAUAAAUAUGAUGGUGUUGUUUGUGUUGGUGGGGACGGCAUGUUCAGUGAAGUGAUGCAUGGUCUCAUUGGAAGAAUGCAGAAGGACUCUGGCAUAGAUCAAAAUAAUCCCAAAGCACCAUUAGUCCAGUGCAAUAUAAGGAUUGGCAUAAUUCCUGCUGGAUCAACAGACUGCAUAUGCUAUUCAACUAUUGGCAUUUCUGAUCCAGUGACAUCAGCUCUUCAUAUUAUUGUAGGUGACUGUCAGCCUCUGGAUGUCUGUUCUGUACAUCAUAACAACACGUUUUUGAAGUACUGUGUGUCAUUGCUGGGUUAUGGUUUUUAUGGAGAUGUAUUAAAAGAUAGUGAAAAGAAACGGUGGAUGGGUCCAAUGAGAUAUGACUACUCAGGCUUCAAGACUUUUCUUACUCAUCAUUACUAUGAAGGAACAAUUUCAUUUCAACCAGCAAAACACACACUGGGAUCUCCACGAGAUAAAUAUACCUGCAGAACAGGAUGUUACAUUUGCAAGAAAAGUGAGCAGCAGCUGGCACAACAGCAGAAGCAGUGUGGAUUAAAACAUGAAGAAGAAGAAGAAUGGAAGAUUAUUAAAGGGAAAUUUCUAGCCAUUAAUGCAGUAAACAUGAGCUGUGCCUGUCCACGAAGUCCGAAAGGUCUUUCACCAGCAGCUCAUUUGGCAGAUGGUUCAGCUGACCUCAUUCUAGUUCGUAAAUGCUCAAGAUUUGAUUUUCUACGGUAUCUUGUCAGGCAUACAAACCAGGAUGAUCAGUUUGACUUCUCAUUUGUAGAUGUUCAUCGGGUGAAGAGUUUUCAAUUUACUUCAAAGCUUUCAGAAGACAAUGAAAGCAAUGUCACUGACAUGGGAAAGAAACGGUUUGGCCAGUUCUGCCGAGAUCACCCAGCCUGUUGCUGUAACAUUGCUAAUAGCACCUGGAAUUGUGAUGGAGAAACUCUGGAGAGUUCAGGAAUUGAAGUGAGGGUUCACUGCCAGUUAAUGAAACUAUUUGCAAGGGGAAUCGAGGAAACCUGUAAAGAUGAAGCUGCCUACAGCCAGAGUAGUGUUGAGCAAUGACUAUAGACAUUGUUCCUCCAGUGGGGAGAGGAAAAAAUGAAAGCUCAAGGAACUUGAGUAAAUAUGCAUUUUAGUCAAAUUGACAAGUAUUUUAAACUUUUAGGUUUGAGGUUUUGGUUUUUUAUGGCUUCAGUUUAGUUUUAGACAUCAUUGCAUUGUGUCAUUUUUUUAAAGAACAUUGUAAUCAUUAAAAUGUACCUUGGAACAAUGUAAUCUAAGUUAUGUUAGAAAAGAGAGAAUUGGCAUAUAUAUGUGUGUGUGUGUGUGUGUGUGUAAUCAUGAAGACUGAUAAAUUCUCUGUGCUUUUCUGGAGAGCUAAUGUAGCGGUUGUGUUGCAAUAAUAUCCAAAUGUUACAAAACAUUGGACUUUCCACUGUCAUCAAACCAAGAGAUCAAGACAAGAUAUUUUUCAGAGUCUGAGAUGUUUUUUGCUGGGGUCAUUCCAUAGUUACAUGUGGCUUAAAUGCUGGACAACAGUGUUGUCAUUCACAUCUUUGUUUAGUAAAACUUUUCAUUUUGUAGUUCUGACUAUACCUUGCAACUUAUCAAUGCAAUUCAAACACACAUUCCUGGCUUUAAGUAAUUAAUAUAAGAGUUUAGAAAUACUUUGAAAGAUAAAAGCACAUCUGCACACAGAUCAUACCUUGUCGUAUACAUUCUAUUUGUAAAGGCUUCCUUGCAUGAUGCUUUUUGGGAUGAUGAAGGGUUUUAUGACUGUUUGGAUGAUACCAAAUACUGCACACUGCAACUGAAAUGUCUUGCAAGCAUCUUGCAAGGAUACUUAUGUAAUACCAGAAAGGCACAGGCAAAGGAAAAUAUAAAUAUCUUCUGAAACACCAGCAAGUUUAGAUUUUUCUUUUAAAUCUAAAAUUAACGUAUGAAAAGCUUCCCUCUUCAGUACACAGUUCCUCAGAGAUUCUACUACAGAUGUUAAAAUUUCUUUGUGAAAUAAGAUGCUGGAAUGUUAAGUUUAAAAAUAUUUGAUUGGAAGGGUUUUUGAUUUUGUUUUUGUUUUUUUUAGUAAUGUUCAUUUAACUAAAUAUGAAACAAAAUAAUUUGUAUUGUGAAAUGAAGGGAAGAAACUGGCAUUUGGUAAAUCAUGAAAUCACUGUGCUGAUUUGUUUUUUAUAGCAAAAACCAGACUAGCAUCUAUAGCUCUGGAGUGAUUUUUUAUGUUGUGUAUGGAUUUGUGUAUUGUGACACAUACAUGUUCUGUGUCUGGGCUUGGGGCUAAAUUUUGCUGCUGUUGUACAGAUUUAUUCCUGUUUGAAUAUCAUAAGUUAGCCCCUACUGUCCUCUGUCUUUUCUUAAGUUUGUAGUUAUCUUUAAACCUGAUUGAAUCUGAGGGGUCUUUUUUUGCAUUUUAACAGUUAAUGGUUCUCCACUCAUGUAUAUUUAUUGGUACUUCUGUCAUUAAGCAUUUAUUACUUUCAUGUCUCUCAUUGGUCUGUGUAAGCCAUGGUGAUUGGUGAUUUUAUUACUGAAGCACUUGAAAAUUGUUAUAAAUGGCAGAUUUUUUUUUUAAAUUGAAGUUAUUUACAUUCCAGUUUUGUGUAAUAUCAAAAUGGUGUGCUAUAUCUUUGCUACAAAGUAUUAUUCAUACUGCUCUAUAGGACAAAAAGCACUUGCAAAUGAUCUUGCUUGAAGUACAGCCAUACAAAGUUUAGGAACUGGGUUAUUUUUAUUUUUUUAAUAGUAUUUCAGGGAAAUACUUGAAUACUUUUAAAAAGUAGAAGUACUGCUGUUUACUUUCCUUAUUAAUUCAAUGAGUUGAAUGUUGAUUGAUCCGAUGUUUGUCAGACAUUUGUAACACAAGUGUUGCGUAUACUGUAUUUUUAAAGGCACAUUUAAUAAGUGAAAUAGUACUUUUGAACUAAGAACCCCAUUGAAAAUGAGAUUGUGCAGUUCUAAAAAUGCAGGGUUUGUUGUUUUUUUUUAAAGUGUCAUUUGUUUAAGAAGUUCUACAGUUAUUGUGGUUUGCCCAUAAAUAUUGUGAGAGAACCCAGACUUCAAGUAACUAGUUCUUGUGCAGGAUAUGAUGGCGCACACUCAGUUUACCAACAAACAAGAUCAUUUGUGAAGCUUUACAGCUAUCCACAUUCUCAUCAGUGAAAACAGGAGUAAAUACUAUACCAGCUCUUUCCAUUAGCUUGCUAGCAAGUCAUGAGACCCUGACUUCAAAAAUGGAGGCUUACUCUCAUUGUGAAUGUAUGUAGAAAUGCUUUGAAUAUUUUUAAUACCUGAAACCGAGUGCUUGGUGUUUCAAGGUAAGAUGCAGAGAAGGCCCCUUUCUGAGAAACAAGCCACCAGAAAAGGAGAAAAGAUUGUUCCAUAGUAUGGUAAUGAAGUGUGAAGUAAAUAAUAGAGGUGUUGCAACAUAAUAAAAUGAAAAGAUCUUAGGUAAUAGAGAAGCUGUAUAGUUGCAUUUGAAUAAUUCUGUUUGUAGCAUACUGUAGUAGCAAAGCACCAUGUGAGCUGUAUAACAUUGUCCAGUUUAUUUUUAAGAGAUCUGUGUAAGUAAUGUCUGCUUCCAUUUAAUUAUAGGUUGUUCUUUUCUCUCUGAAUGUAGUCUCAGUACAGAAAUUAUGUAUAGGAAAACCAAGUCUGAUUAUUAUUUUUUUCCCAAUCUUGCUGGCUUCAAGAUUAGAAAAUGUGUUCUGUUUUAUGAUGCUAGGGCAUUUCAUUGAAAAAAUAAAACUACGUCAUACAGCA